AUGCUUGACUGCAGCAAGCAAGGACGGCCGGGACCUGACUUGUGCAAGCAGCUAGCUCUUCGUGGAGCCAGGCCGGACCGAUCUUGUGCUCUAGAUUCUAUGGGUGCUAUGGGUGCUAAGGGCAACGUCAUGCAGCAAGUAUCGCUGCAGGUCUGUCCAACCACAGAUGCCAGAUGCUGCCAGGCUGAAUGUCUACACUUAGUCUACACCACAGGAUCUAUCCUGCAGAUUAGCCGGUCCUUCCUCGAUGAUAGCCGAGAUGCAUUGAAAGGCAUCGACGAUGAGCGUGAUCCUUUCUCAUGUCGGACUGGAUUAGCUUAG